CUGAGCUAAAGAAACAAUGUCAAAGAUAAAUACGGAGCACUGUUAUGAAGAAUCUCAAGACUCUUAAUUUGCUGCCAGUUUUGGCUCUGGCAAGUUUCUUCGUCAAGAUGAGUGGAUCGAGCUCUCUUGGCCCAGUGCUGACUGGUCCUGACAGGGCCUACCUCGGCUCGAGGGUGGCGUUCAGGUGUUUUGCACCUGGCUCCUCUUUGCCAGUCACCUACGAGCUGGUGUUGGAGCUGGAGGAUGGUGGUGUCGUGUUCGACACUGCUGCUGAUCUCCAAGAGGACCAACGUGCCUCAUUCUUCAUGAGGGUUGCUGCAACAUCAGAGGGGUCGUACCACUGCAAGGCGACGGCAGGAGAAAGCACAGGAAUCAGCAACAGCAUCAAGCUGAGUGUAGUCAUUCCAGCAUCAAACACCCGAGUGACUUCUGAACCCUUCCCUCCCGUCACAUUUGAGGGAUCAGACAUCGUACUGAGCUGCAGCGUCACCCAGGGCUCCCACCUUUCCUACACCUUUUUUUUCAACAAGAAGGAAGUGACAUCUUUAACAUCUCCCCUUUUUCACAUCACUGGGAACAAGCUGGUGAUGGAGAAAGUGACUCCAGAGCAUGCUGGGUACUAUUCUUGCAUGGCUUGGUCCACGGUGCAGGACAUAAGGAGGUUUUCCAGCAGCUCAGAGGUCCAGGUGACUGUCAAAGUUUAUGUCUCAAAACCAAGAAUCUCUUUCUCCAUCGUCAAAGAGGGAGCCAGUCACCAUGGCAACGUGACCUGCUGGUCAACAAAAGGGAGUCUUCCGUUCAACAUAUCUCUUUUACUGGAUGACAAAGAAGUUGGAUCUGUCAUAGCUACCGAAUCCCUCGCUGCCUCAUUCCCAGUUGCCAUGGUACCGGGGCGGCACAUGGGCGUGGCUCGAUGUCGGGUGAAAACUGAGGUGCAGGAGGUGAUGAGUGAUCCUGUGGCUCUGGAAGUGGUCCCAGUUGGAGGAGAUGUGAAAGUGGAGGUUGAAUAUCUCUACAGCGCUGACUCCAAACUGGCCGCCACCAGGCUGAACUGUCAUGUCAGCAGAGGGACCUUCCCUUACAUCUCCUGGGUUAUGAACGACUCUGUCCUUCCCUCUGAGGCACACGUGGACUCCCAUAAUCAGCCUAUCCUGUCUCAGUAUGCUCUUACUAACCAAAGACGAACCCUUGUUUUGACUAAGCUUGGCCCAGCAGAGUCCGGGUAUUAUCGCUGCAGGGCGAAGGACAGCUACGAUGACUCUGGGCCCUGGGUGGAGAGUGAUGCCGUGUUGGUCCAAGUGAAAGACAGGAUCCUUAACUCCACGCCUCAAGCAACAUCUCCCUCUGAAACACCACCAAAGAUCCUUAUGAACACCUCUGAGAUCAUCACCAUAGCGUUCUGCUGCUUCCUUCUUCUGACGUUGGCGGUGGGUGUAGGCUGUGUGUACAAGAUGUUUAACCCCAACCAAGCUAAUGCCCACAUUGCAACCACAAAUUCUGAUGCACUUCCUCCGUCUGCACUGACGUCCUGGUCAGGGGGCAGGCACGACGAUACUUCAUCUAUAGACUGUGAUGUUCUGAAUCAGAUUGACGAUUUAUCUUCAAGAAUGUUUCCUUCCCUCUUUGUGGUCAUACUGGGGUUGUGCUGUGGCAAAGCAAACAGUCAGUUAAUUCUGGAGCGCCCAGAACUUAGCGGCCCAUCUGAGGCUUUGGUGAAAGACUUUGCAGAAUUUAAGUGUGUGCUGAGAAGCUACCCGGAGAAUGUAACUAUCCUGUUCCAGUUAUAUAAGGAGGGUGAGCGAAAAAAAGUUGUGGCCGAAUACACCUCCCUGAAUAGGGAGGCUGCAGUCUUUCCCAUAGUUACCAGACUUGAGGAUGAUGGUAACCUGGAGUGUGUGGCCAAGGCACAGAACGACUCUGCCAUAGAGCCCACUGUCAGCUACACACACUACCUGAAGGUUGUUGAACCUGUGAAAGGAGUUAGGCUUCACAUCCUUUCAGGUCCAGAGGAAAUCUUUGAGGGGAAUAAAAUCGAACUACGAUGUAAACUUAAUACUGGAAAUCAUGUCUCCUACAAGUGGCUGCUGAAUGAUCAGCUUGUCUCUCAGUCUCAUCACCACCAUUUUGAAGAAGACCGUCUCUUGAUCCACAGGGCUACUUCUAAAGACAGCGGAUCCUACAAGUGUUUCGCCAGCAACAGCUUCAACAACACCAUCUACUCCUCCAACAGCUCUGACGUUGUAAUCACAGUCAAAGACUUGGUGUCAGACCCUGACAUCUCCUUCGCCGUGUUAAAGGAAGACUCCCACAACUAUUCUGCUGUGGUCACCUGUCAGUCAACCAAAGGGGCUCCGCCUGUCACCUUUUCACUAUACAACGGGACAGAAUUGGUCGCCAGUACAACAGUUGAAGAGAGAAAAGCCACAUUUAAGGUUCCUUUGGUCCUGGGUCAGAACUUGGGAUUGUUCCAGUGUCAGGCGAACAAUGGAGAGCAGAUCCAACACAGUCGAAGGAUUCCCCUAGAAGUUGUCCCGGUUGGUGGGCCCGUGACGAUGCAUUACGACUAUGAUGUUGGAGAAAACUACGCUGUGAUCGGACUGAGAUUCUACUGCAAGGCGGCGAAGGGUUCUCUUCCACGGUACCAGUGGUUCCUCAACAAAACCCGCCUGCACGACCAAGGAAGCUUCUACUCUGUGGUCAACCAGCCUCCAGAGCAGUCCAUACUCCUGCUGUCUGUAGGGAGGAGCAGCGCUGGAACGUACCACUGUGAAGUGUCGGACAACUUCGACAACACCACCGCCAUCAGCAGCAGGACGCUGUAUAUGGAUAAAGAAGUGCUGAAUCGUCUCCCCGUGUUGGUGGUGGCAGUUGUCUUUGGAUGUUUCGCAGCCCUGGUUCUCCUGGUCUCCAUUUGUUGUGGAAUUGGAGUGAAGUUCAGGCAAAGGUUGUAUGGAGAGAAGUCUCAUCUGGAGAUGGAAGGAGAAAUAACUGCAUAUGAGGGAGAGCUGGAUUUGUCAGAGUACAAAGAGGAUGCUGAUGUGGUGAUGACAGCCAGAAGUGAUGCAUUUGAUCAGGUAUCUGAACCCUCUUUAGAUGAGUGGCCCGAAAUUGAAAGAGAGAAGAAGACAUUGGAGGAUGAACCAGUUGAGGGACCCUGAAGGUUUAAAUUGUUGUAAACAGGCUAUCGUAGUUAAAUAAACAUCUGCUCAUGAUA